GGUGUUGAAGUUGCGCCAUUUUGUCCGUGCUCCGUCAGCUCAGUGAUUGGGCUUCGUGGAUCGGUUCUCGAGCCAAUCAGAGGGGAACCGUGCGGCGGAGAAACGGUGAGAGGGAGCGCGGCUCGUAGGGGAUGGGAUCCGGUAGCAGGGGAUUGGCGUGUUGCUGACCAACCAAAUUACUAACGCCGCAAAAUACAGGAAUUGGCCGUACUUAUAAUUUAACUGCUAGGUAUGCGGAGCAAAAGUGGCCAUUAAGAAAAUGGUAUUGACUGCGUGUAGCUUCGCGAAAUGGUGGAGCGCGGUGUGAGGCACUACCGGUUGUUUGGUGGAGCGAAGGGGCCUGAGCUGCUGGCUGGUGAAAUCAGUCCUUGCUGGCACUGGUCUGGAUGCUCGCAGAUGCGAUGGCACACAGCGCGGCGGGAAUGUCGGUUACUCGCCGACAGCGUGUCGGACCGGCCACUUACUUACCGCCUGUGCUGUUUGUUGGUAACGAAGAAAUUGUUCGGGGUUGAGCAAUGGCAGCCGCCACUCGCUUCACCGCGAAAUGUCUGCACACACCGCUCUGCUCUCCUGCUUAUUAUUUGGCCUCUCUUUUGCUAAUGCCAAGUGUACCAGUUCAGAGUCAGACGAGUGUGUAAAUGCAGUUCUGAGUCUCUACAUAAUAAAGACUAUUACUUAUUGUUGGCCAGGCCGUUUUGUCGUAUUUUUCUCAGACAAAGAAGCUGCAAGGUUAGGCCUAGUAGUUAUAGUUUAAGUGAAUACUCUAUUUGUUACUGAGUAGUUCGUUAUCCUGAUAUUUACUUGAUGACAAAUUUUCUCCUUUAAAAUGUAGGGCUCAUAUUUUGGCAUUCUUCUCACAUUUUAGGCUUGAAAGCAGUGACGACGAUACCGUUCUUCAUCCAAAAUUAUGCAUCCCAUUGGGUUAAACAGUAAACCACGAAAAACACUAAACGGGCUUAGGAGAGAUGCCAUUUGCUUCGGUAUUUCUUCCUUUGUUCGUCCUACUGACUAACGAACGAGAAUGUGUGUUUUUUUGUGUACACUUCUAUUCACAAGAAGAGGCACAAAAUAAUCGGACGCACAGUAAAUAAGUCAUGAAUAAACAUAUAGUAUAUAUUAAUGUUUAGGUACAUGUUCGUGUUGCGGCGCCUUUUGUUUAGCUCGUGCCGCCGCUUUGCCGCGAUGUGAAGGAAAAUGGCGUCCGCGCGGCGCUCGUCUUAUGAAACGGCCGCCGUCGAAUGAGAGCCGCGCGCGCGCGCAGGGCGAGCGUUACUUCACGCGCUCCGAUCGCCCGUAUGAUGUGAACGUGACACAGCCCCGAGUUUGUUCGGGAGAAUAACGGCUUUCUGAAUUCCUGCUCAGCACUUGAUUUCACAAACAUGAUAAAAGUUAAUGCUGUCGCCGUCGGCCACAUUCCCUCGCGUUUUACAUUGGCUGACAGCAGGUGGCGUAGUGGUUAGCACCGCCGCCUGGCUUGCGCUCCUGCCGCAGUACGCUUCUUUAGAGUACUUACCCUGAACUGAUACACCGAAACAAGGUACUGUGUAACUUUUGUACAUAACACUAACGAGCUUAACGUCGUUUUGGAGAAAAGCGUCAGCUAAACAACAAACAUGUAAACAUAAACACGUAAAUGUUUGAGCAAAUCUUUACAUCUGACAGCACACGCCCUGUAUUCCCUUGUUUUUAUCUAUAUUCAGUAUUCUGUUUUUCUUCUAGUCACAUCUGAAUUUGUUUUUUUAAUACUAACAAAUUAUCCUUUUUAGAAAUGGAAACAUCCAGUCUAAUUUUUGCUUUUCAGUCAAAGGACUUAGGUUUGAAGCCCACCUCCUGCCCUAGUCCUCUUGAAGAAGGCGCUAACCCCGAACUGAUAGUUAAAAUUGCACAGCUGUAUAAAUGGGGAAAUCAUUGUAAUCUGCUGAAAACUGUAAGAUGUUUUGCAGAAAAGUGUCACAAAAAUGACUAUGUAACUACAUACUGAACUGCUUACAAACAGCAGUUGUAGGAGAAAUUACUGCACGCCUCAUGUUCUCAGUGCAUAAUUGCUGUGGUCACUGGUCAGCAUUUUCAACUGAAUUAUGGUAUAAAUGUUGAUAUAUAUAUGUUUUCAAGCAGGCCACUACAAAUACUGAGUAGAUGAUGACAGGUAGCUACUGGAAGAAGAGUAUCUGCUUUUAUAGUAGUGGAGAGCAAGAUUAAGAUGUAGAUCCCUGUCACAUUACCUGCAAUUCUGAACAGCCUGAAUCUCAAAAGCCUCUUUUGUCUUCAAAAAUUCAACUGGCCUGUGGCCGCAGAAUGGAUCAUAAGGUGAGAAGCAGCACAGUGAGGUUAACAGAAGAACAUCACAGGCAUGGAGCAGUACACCACCACUAGCUCCACCAGCGGGGAGCAAAUUGUGGUUCAGACAGCCAGUGGACAGCUCCAGCAGCAGGGCACAGUGACUGCGGUGCAGCUGCAGACCGAGGCCCAGGUGGCACCUGCCUCUGGCCAGCAGGUGCAGACACUCCAGGUAGUGCAGGGACAGCCCCUGAUGGUGCAGGUGAGUGGAGGCCAGCUCAUAACGUCCUCUGGCCAGCCCAUCAUGGUGCAGGCUAUGCCAAGCAGCCAGGGUCAGACCAUCAUGCAGGUGCCUGUGUCGGGAGCACAGGGCCUACAGCAGAUCCAGCUGGUCCAGCCUGGACAGAUUCAACUGCAAGGUGGCCAAGCACUGCAGGUACAGAGUCAGCAGGGCCCAACCCAGCAGAUCAUCAUCCAGCAGCCCCAGACAGCUGUCACAGCUGGUCAAAGCCAGGGCCAGCAGCAGAUCACUGUGCAGGGCCAGCAAGUGGCUCAGACAGCUGAGGGCCAAACUAUUGUCUAUCAGCCUGUGAAUGCAGACGGCACUAUCCUGCAGCAAGGAAUGAUCACAAUCCCUGCUGCCAGCCUAGCUGGUGCUCAGAUUGUACAGGCAGGCUCAAACACCAACACCAGCACCAGUGGCCAGGGGACCUUGACCGUCACCCUGCCAGUGUCUGGCAACAUGGUUAAUGCAGGCGGGAUGGUCAUGAUGGUUCCAGGCAGCGGUGCUGUGCCUUCCCUGCAGCGCAUUCCCUUGCCAGGGGCUGAGAUGCUGGAAGAGGAGCCGCUUUACGUCAAUGCUAAGCAGUACCACCGUAUCCUGAAACGCAGACAGGCCCGUGCCAAACUGGAGGCUGAGGGCAAAAUUCCCAAGGAGCGCAGGAAAUACCUACACGAAUCACGGCAUCGACACGCCAUGCAGAGGAAGCGGGGUGAUGGGGGCAGAUUUUAUUCCCCUAAGACAAAGGAUGAAAUGACCAUUACCAUCCAGGGUCAGCAAGAGCAGGCCCAGACUGGAGAGGAGCAAGUUGGACAGAUGAUCCGUGUGUCAUAACCCAUGUCUGUUCAGUCGCCUUCGUUUGUAAGUGUGUGUGCGUGUGUGUGAGCGUGCGUACCGGGCCGUCCAGCCAUUCCCAAAGAGGGCAAGCGGCUUCUGGCCGAUCCAACUACCACACAGGAGCACAUCGCUUCUAGCUCAGUUGCAACGUGAAUUGGAAAACAGAAGAAAUCAGACAUUUUUGUGAAUACUUUUUUGUAAUUUAACAAAUGUUUAUGAAACCAGCAAACUUUUUCUUCCAGUGUGAAAACUGAAAAUGUCUGGUCUGUAUACUAGUGUGUUGGUAUUUUAGUCCUGUGUGUACUGGUGUUCAUUGUAUGCCCAAACCCUGGUACAAGCCAUGCUGAAUUCACUUAGGCACACAAUCCAACAAGUGUUUAAUUUGAUGGUUAUCAACUAGAAAUGAACAUUUACUUUUAAUUUGUUUUGCCAUUGGAAAUGUAAAAGUACUUAUUUUUUACCAACCAUAAUGAAAGACUUGUACUGGAGAACCUUAGGCUUAAAAUAUUUUCUAGAAAUGGACUACUAGUGUUAGGUAACUGCAGAUUUUCCCAUUGGUCCUGUAUAUUUGUGCAGUCCUAUGGCAUUAGGGGCAUUUUCAUCUACAGGAGGGAAGGUAACACCUACGUUUCAUGUUAUUUAAGGUAGAAGUAGCUGAUGAUGCCCUUGAAUGACUUCUCAUUGUAACGUAUAAUUGCAAGUCAUUUACAUAUCAUGUUCCUUGUUAAGGUAGAGGAUUUAGUGUUUUGAUGGUAUUGCAUGAUUGCAAUUUUUUUGGUUUCAUUCAGCUUUAGCAACCCAUUCAAUUGCCAAUAGACUCAUGACAAGGAAUGCAUUUGCAAGUGUCAUUAUUCUGUUGUUUGGGAUUUCAGGCUGAGAAAUGGUGCUGGAAAUAAGAUCCAGUGUAUCCCUCCACUAAUUCAUACAGAUGAACUACACACAUAUAAAAUUUGCACUUAGUCCCAAGAUGGUAUUGCUGUCACUCUUGUGAGAAGGAAAAAAAAAAAAAAAAAAAAACUGCUUCUUUUGUAUUUGUACAGCCCAGCGAGGUGGGGGAGGGCCUCCUGUUUGUCUUUAUGGAAACCAUUUCAGGUGUGCAUUUCGUAAUAGAAAGCAAUACUUGUGUACAUGAAUCUAUUGGCUUGGUACCUUUUUUAAGACAACCUUUCACACACAGUCUUGUCAGUUGUUUUGGAAGUGGAGUGACCUGUCUCUACUAGCAAUACUACAAGGGCUUUUGCAUAUACAUUGUUCCACCUCCUGUCAAGGGUGGAAGUGGGAUCGGGGGUGGCUUUGUAAAUAUGAUUGUAAGCAUACUGUGAUUCUCCUCUGCAUGAAUUAAAUUUUAAGAAAUGCGAAA